AUGGAUAGAACAAAGGGUGGCAACAUGCUCUACCCAUCGCGGGGUCCACCAGGAGCUCAGGGUCCCACCGGACCAAGAGGCUUUAAAGGCAGACGGGGAUUUCCAGGUCCUCCAGGUUUUGACGGAGAGCCCGGUGUGCCAGGUAAUCCAGGAGAGGCAGGACCCCCAGGCCACCCCACGCACCCUGGGGGCAACCUAGUGUCUCAGAUGGCUUCAGGUUUCAACGAGAAAUCUAGUCUGGCUGGGAUGGUUUCAGGAUCAAGGGGUGAAGCAGGACCACGAGGACCUCCAGGGCAAAAUGGUCAACCUGGUCCAACUGGUGCUCAGGGAAUUCCAGGAGAGGCUGGAGAUCCAGGAGCAAUGGGUGAACCGGGUCAUCGAGGACCAGAUGGGCCUCCAGGAAGAGCUGGGCCUGAUGGAGAAUCUGGACCAGCCGGUGCUACAGGAGAACCAGGAUUUCCAGGAUCUACGGGUGCAAGAGGAUUCCCAGGACUUCCAGGACAGCCAGGACUGAAAGGUCACAAGGGACACGCUGGUCUUCUUGGGCCAAGAGGUGAACCUGGAGCAGCUGGAACAAAGGGUACAUCUGGUACUCCGGGUGCAAUGGGUGCUCCAGGCCCACUGGGACCUGCAGGCAUGCAGGGAGAAAGAGGCAGAGCUGGACCAAGCGGUCCCGUGGGAAAACGUGGUGCAGCGGGUCAUGUUGGCAAACCAGGUCCUCUGGGUCCAAUGGGAAUCACCGGAGUGGCAGGUUUCCCUGGUGGCCCAGGAAUGAAGGGUGAAGCAGGACCAACAGGCGUCAGAGGAAGUCCAGGACAGCAGGGACCCCGAGGGGAUGGUGGUCGUGUAGGACCACCUGGGCCAUCAGGACAACAGGGAGCUGAAGGGACUGAUGGAGCUCCAGGUGCCCGUGGGCAAAGUGGUAUAGCAGGUGUGCUGGGUCCAGCUGGGCAGGUUGGCCCACCCGGUCCUCCAGGCCCCCAGGGCACUACAGGAGCACCAGGACCAAAGGGGCAAUUGGGUGAUGUUGGAGUGCCUGGAUUCAAAGGAGAUGCUGGAGCCAAGGGAGAAAGAGGUGACCAUGGAUUGCCAGGUCCAUUGGGCCCAAUGGGAGAGGAUGGAAAGCGUGGACCCCGUGGUGAUGCUGGAUCCAUUGGACCUCCAGGACCUACAGGAGAGAGCGGAGCUCCAGGAAAUAGAGGUUUCCCAGGCGCAGAUGGUUUACCAGGCCAGAAGGGAGCCCAGGGUGAAAGAGGACUGCCAGGGUCGGCUGGCCCCAAAGGAUUACCUGGAGAUCCAGGACGUAAUGGAGAACCAGGUUUAACUGGAGCUCGGGGUCUGUCGGGACUUAUUGGCGCUCAGGGAGCAGAGGGAAAGCAAGGACCAAUGGGCUUAGCAGGAGAGGAUGGCAAACCAGGCUCAGCUGGUUCUACUGGAAACCGUGGUUCAGCUGGACCGAUGGGACUGCCAGGACCAAAAGGCUUCGCUGGUGAUGCUGGGAAGAUUGGAGAGGCUGGCAGCGCUGGGGCUCCAGGUCAAAGAGGGGUGAAUGGAAAAGAUGGAGAGGAAGGCGCUGCUGGUCCAGCUGGCCCAGCUGGUCCUGCAGGAAAGAGAGGAGAGCAGGGUCCACAAGGACUGAACGGUUUCCAGGGUUUGCCAGGAAUGCCAGGCCCACCUGGAGAGUCAGGAAAACCAGGCAAUGAGGGUCUUGCUGGAGAGGCUGGUGCUAACGGAGGUAUUGGUCCAAGGGGAGAAAGAGGUCCUCCAGGAGAGAGAGGUGAAAUUGGACCCAAUGGCCUGCAAGGACCCAAAGGUGGCCCAGGUGGACCAGGACCAGAUGGACCAAAGGGUAGCGCUGGUCCAGCAGGUGGUGUUGGAGAGCCAGGAGGUCCAGGACUUAUGGGGAUGCCAGGAGAGAGAGGCAUACCAGGACCCUCAGGCCCAAAGGGAGACGCAGGCUCUGUUGGAGACAAAGGACUUGAGGGUAAAGCAGGAGCUGACGGUGCACGGGGGCUUCCUGGUCCUGUUGGACCUGUUGGUUCCAGUGGACCCAAUGGAGAGAAGGGUGAAACAGGCCAACCAGGACCUACAGGCCGUCGUGGCUCAAGAGGAAUUGCUGGUUCUACUGGUGAGCAUGGUCCAACUGGUGCUGCUGGCUUCCCUGGACCUCCUGGUCCUGAUGGUCAGCCUGGAGUCAAAGGUGAAACAGGUGAACCAGGACAGAGGGGAGAAGGAGGAUCUCCUGGACCACAGGGGAUGGCUGGUAAAGCAGGAACACAGGGACCUGUUGGUGUGGCUGGAUUGAAAGGCGGCAGAGGAACUCAGGGUCAAACGGGCGCUCCUGGUUUUCCUGGAUUGCCUGGAGGAAUUGGAGCAGCUGGUGGUCCUGGUGCUGUCGGGGCAGACGGGCCUAUUGGUGCUACAGGAAAGCAGGGUCCUGGUGGAAUUCGAGGAGAGAACGGAGCUCAAGGGCGUCAAGGAGAAAGGGGACAUCCAGGCCCAGCUGGAACUUCCGGAGAGAAAGGAGACUCUGGAGAGGACGGUCCCCCGGGCCCUGAUGGACCUCCAGGACCUUCUGGAAUUUCAGGACAGCGAGGCGUUGUGGGUCAGCCUGGACUGAGGGGAGAGAGAGGCAUGCUGGGAUUGCCAGGCCCUGCUGGUCCACCUGGAAAAGCUGGCGGCGCUGGAGUUCCAGGCAGUGCUGGGCCUCCUGGUGGAGUUGGUUUACCAGGAGCCACCGGGCCAAGAGGAGACGCUGGCCCUGAGGGCAUUGUUGGAGCAGAGGGACCUCCUGGAAAGGACGGUCUUGUAGGACAAAGGGGAGAGAGGGGUGAUUCUGGUCCAGAGGGUCUGGCUGGUGGUAUGGGGUCUCCAGGAACUGAGGGUCCUGUAGGAUUGACUGGUGGUCCAGGACCAAGGGGCGAUAACGGUGCCAGAGGACCUGAUGGACCCCUAGGACAUGCUGGAGUAAGGGGGAAGGUGGGCCCUCAAGGACCACAGGGAGAGAAAGGAGCAGCUGGAGAGCAAGGCGAGAGGGGUCAGAAAGGACAUAGAGGUUUCACGGGUCUCCACGGUUUGCCAGGAACAGCUGGUGCCACAGGGGAGCCAGGAGCUAUAGGUAUUGUUGGACCAGCUGGGCAAAGGGGUCCUCCAGGAGUGGUUGGUCCACCAGGAAAGGAAGGAAACAUCGGUCAGCCUGGACCAAUGGGCGCUCCUGGAAGCAGAGGAUCUGCUGGAGAACUUGGGGAACAGGGUCCACAAGGUGAACCUGGACCACCCGGCCCUCCAGGACCACCAGGACCUCCCACCGCAGCUGCGGAAGACCUCCUUUUUGUCGCCUCUUACGAUUAUGAUGUGAAUGGUGGUGGUGUGCCAGAAGCUGUGGAAUUCGUUGAGGACGAUGGUGGUGCUGAUCCGCCUCCACCUCCAGAGAUGAACAAAGACGAAGCCCUUCCCAAUAAGAAUGAGGCCGCCCUGCGCGCAAACACUGGAGUCCAUGCCACGCUGAAGACCCUCAGCGGACAUCUGCAAAACCUCCGCAGUCCUGACGGCAGCCAGAUGAACCCUGCGAAAACAUGCCAGGACAUCAAGCAGUGCUACCCUCAGAAAAAGAGCGGUGAGUACUGGCUGGAUCCAAAUCAAGGAAGCAUAAAGGAUGCCAUCAAGGUCUUCUGCAAUAUGGAAAGUGGUGAAACCUGCAUCUCUGCCAAUCCGGCCAACAUUCCCAGCAAAGCCUGGUGGACGAAAUCCACUCCCAGCACCAACAAACCUGUCUGGUUUGGAGACAUGAACAGUGGAACCAGAUUCCACUAUGGAAACAGUGAGGAACAGCCGAACACCGUGGCGGUUCAGCUGAAACUGCUGCAGCUUUUGUCCAAAGAGUCGCACCAGAACAUCACCUACCACUGCAGGAACAGCGUGGCUUACAAAGAUGGCAAGAGCAACAGCCUGAAGAAAGCUCUGGUCCUCAGAGGCUACAAUGGCCAGGAGUUGAGAGCGCAAGGCAACAACCGCCUCCGAUACACUGUCAUCGAGGACGGCUGCUCGAAAUCAAAUGGCGAGUGGGGCAAGACAGUGAUCGAGUACAGGACUCAAACUUCGAUCAGGCUGCCCGUGGUGGACUUGGCCCCCAUGGAUAUUGGAAAGGCCAAUCAGGAGUUUGGCCUGGACAUCGGCCCUGUGUGCUUCUCAUAAAACACAAACCCCCAAUGAAAAAUGGACAAAAAUAGCCCUUUUUUUUAGAGGAGUAACAUCAUCACCAGAAAUUAUAGCAUAUGGACUCUUCUUUGUGUGAGCGUACAAGUCGAUGAAGGUUAGAUGUUUUAUUGUUGCCAUUCUUCACACGUGGCUGCAUUUCCCAUAAGCUGUUGAAGUAUAGUGUACUUGUGAAUAGUAGGACGCUGACAUAAUUUAUUCACCAAUUAAUACAUUUACAAUCUAGAGCACAGUACUUUGCAGGGAAAUGCAUGUGGGUAGAAAAAUAGUGAUAAAAAAUAGUGAUAAAUCUGAGGUGCUAACAUGAAACCUAAAUAAAAAACAAAGUGGGGUUUAGACAGAUUGUAAACAUGCAUAAACUGGAAAAAUAGCCAAUAAUAUGAACGCUUUAAGAGAUGUCUUUAUAGGGAACAUAAUAACUGAAGGUUUAUAGUGAAUAAAAGCAUUCAAAUCUUU